GAAGACUCUAAGAAGGAUCAGAAGACGAAAAAGAACAAGAAGAAAGACGAGGACCAGGCCAGUGAAGAUGGCAGUGACAGUGGUCGUGUCAGUAAGACGGUGUUGGAGCGAUGGAGAGAGUCUCUGCAGUCCUGCUCCAGUCUGUCUCAGGUGUUUGUGCACCUGUCCUCUCUGGAGCGCAGCGUCCUCUGGUCUCGAUCCGUCCUCAACGCUCGCUGCAGAAUCUGCAGACGCAAAGGAGACGGAGACAACAUGCUGCUGUGUGACGGCUGUGAUCGAGGACACCACACACACUGCCUGAGACCCAAGCUGAAGUCUGUUCCUGGAGGAGACUGGUUCUGUCCGGACUGUCGACCCAAACAAAGAUCGAGCCGCCUGCCGUCCCGUCAGAGAUCCUCCAUCGAUGAGGAGGAGGAAGAGGGGGAGGGUGAAGAAAAGGAGGAGGAGGAGGAGGAGUCAGAGGAGGAAGAGGAGGAGUCGGAAGAAGAGGAGGAGGAAGAAGUCGUUGUGAGCAAGAAGAGCCAGCCCCCGCCCCCAAGAGGGAGGAGCCAACAGCCCCUGCCCCCGAAAGGGAGGAGCCAACCGGCCACGCCCAAAAGCCAACAGGCCACGCCCAAAAACACCACCUCUUCAUCAGGGAAAAACUCCUCUGCCUCAAAGUCCUCAGGAAAGAAGGCCACGCCCCCCAAGGGGAAGACCACACCACCCAAGGGGAAGACCAGGCCCCCCACGGGGAAGGCCACGCCCCACAAGGGGAAGGCCACGCCCCCUGCAGGUAAAGCUCCGCCCCGCUUAGGGAGUCGCGUCAGCGCCCGUCUGAGCAACGAGAUCCUCGCUACGACCACGACCAAAAAAACCUCACCUGGUCAGAGCGAGGCUCAAAAGAGACCAGCCACAGGUAAACAACCAAUCAGAGAACACCUGUAGACAGGUAAACAACCAAUCAGAUAACACCUGCAGACAGGUAAACAACCAAUCAGAUAACACCUGCAGACAGGUAAACAACCAACCAGAUAACACCUGCAGACAGGUAAACAACCAAUCAGAGAACACCUGCAGACAGGUAAACA